CCUUCCUCCUUCCAUCUCUCCUCCCUCUGUCCUUCCUCCUUCCAUCUCUCCGUCUUCAUCCAGCAGCCUCAUGGACACGUGGCUUCCUCCCUCCAUCUUUUCUCCCUUGAUCCUUCCUCCCUCCAUCCCCACCCUAAAGACCCCCUCUCCCUCCAUCCUCCCUGCUCUCUCCUCAUCCUCCUCUUCUCCGGUGCCCUCACUCACCCCUCCGCUGCCCCCGUCGGUGGAGCUCUGUGCGGUGCUGACCGACACCCGGCUGACUCUGGAUGUGUAUCGGGGUGGAGCGGUGGUGCUCCCGGUGCUGUGGAGCUCCGUCCCGGGUCGUUUGAGGGGCCUGCAGUACCUCCGUCUGGGCUCGGAGGAUGGCAGGGCACUGGAGGCUGCCCUGGAGAUCCUACCCCACCUCACACAGCUGCGCUCACUGGCUAUUAGAGGGCACUGUUUCCAUGACACCCAUGGUGACCCUCUUCCUGGCCUCCUCACCUCUCUUCCCCCCUCCCUCUCCUCCCUCGCUCUCCUCAUCCAUCUGGACCUCUCCUUCAACCGCCUGUCAUCGUUUCCCCCCUGCCUCCUCUCACUCCCUCUACUCUCCACCCUCCUCCUCAGUCACAACCGCCUCACCCUUCUGCCCUCCUCCUUCGGUCCUCUCCCUGCCCUCCGCUACCUCUCUGUCAUGGGGAAUGGCCUGGUGUCCCUCCCCCCCAGUCUGGGCCAGCUGAAGACCCUGCAGACCCUGGAUGUGUCCUGUAACCUCCUGGAGACACUGCCGGUGGAAGUUGGUGACCUGGAGGAGCUGCUGAAACUGGAGCUUUCCCAUAACAGGCUACGGACGCUCCCUGAGACCAUGGAAAAUCUACAUUCUCUCCGCGAGCUGAUGAUCCACAGUAAUGACCUUCGUGUUGUGCCUGCCUGCCUGGACAAACUGCCUCAGCUGAAGGUAGAUCUGAGGAACAAUCCCCUGGGACGACCUCCGACCCCACCGCCACAGCCACCUGCACCUGACCCGGUUGAAACAUGCCUCCCAGAGCUGCAUCUCCGAUUGGAUCAACACAGGUUCUGUGUGUCAUCGUCUGGUUGUCAUGUGUUUCUCCCAGGGGGAGCAGAGCUUCUGUUCCCCCCUGGUUGCCUAGCAACAGUCACCAGACUGCAGUGGGUGGAGCGUAAGCCAGGCAGGAAGUGGGUGUGGCUAGAGGAGCAUGAUUUCCUGCUGAGCCAACCUCUAGAGCUUCUCCCACAUGGGGUCUUAUUUAAAAAGCCAGUGGAGGUCUGUGUGCCGUACCAUCGGUCCAGGAGAGGAGAGGUGGUGGUGAGGAGGUUUGAUGGGCAGCUGUGGACUACACUACCCACGGUGACCAGGAGGGGGAGUCCAAGACACAGCAGCCGUCCCGGAGGAAGACCAGCCCGGCUGGCCUGUGUCUCAGUCGACCAAUUCUCCUGGUUUGUGGCUGUGGGUCGUCCUGUGAGGGACAGUUGCUCUUUGACAUCAGAGGGGGCGCUGUUGGUGUCUCGAUCUGACCCAGGCAUCAAACUCUCCUUUCCCCCAGACUCAACUGACCAGACCCGCAUCAUCACCUUACAGGUGUUGCAGGUGUCUGUCACGGAGGUUCAGGUGCUGAGUGGAGACCCUCAGGCCAGCGUCAGUCCUCUGCUCUGCCUCUCUCAGAGUCCCAGCAUGCAGUUCCUCCAGCCAAUCAGAGUGCAGGUCCCCCUGCCAAGCGGACUCACAGGUCACACCGUUGACCUCUCCUGUCUGUACCUGCUCCAUGGAGACCCCAGUGCCCUCUCCUGGACGGACAUCACCUCCCAGGUGACCCUCCACGUCACGCACCUCUACGCCAUCUUCUACAUCACACACUUCUCCUGGUACUGGCUCUGGUACACCACCCAGCGCUGUGUGAGUGGCAUGGUCCGGAGAGUCUAUCAGAAACUGAAGCAGUUCCGGGUCCAGUUCUUGGUCCUGCAGAGGAAGGCGGAUCCCCGACAGGUUCUGCUGCAGUGCCUGCCCGCUGACAAGGUGGACAGCAGGGUGGCUGCCCUGUCAGACCGGUACGAUGGACCCCAACCCUCGGAUCUCUGCGACCUGUUGGAGGGAGAGCAGUUCUUCGCCGGCUUCGAGAGGGGCCUGGACAUCUCCGCAGACAGACCAGACUGUUCAGAAGGAAGGCUGUCCUUUGUGUUCUACUCAUGUAUGAAGAACCUCAAAGAGGUGUACAUCAGCCCAACACAGAGACAGGAGGGGCCUGUCAGGGGGCAGGUGUCCUUCUAUCGAGGGGAGGUGCCUAGUGACCUUCCAGAGGAAGUGGCCAGAAAGAGGAAAGGGCAUGACAGUCAAUGGUUGGCCACUUUACCACUCAAACUACCUGGUAGUAACUAUGACCCUGGCCUUGAGUACCCUCCUCUGAACCUUGGCGACCCAGAGAGCGGCUACCUGACUGAGGCCAACCUGCUAGCCAUCUCCCUGCAGGUCGGACAGGACUGGAGGUCCAUCGGCAUCAACCUGGGACUCAGCUACCAGGAGCUAGAACGCAUUCAGUACAAGUACAGAGAUGAUCUUGGAGCCAUGGUUCUGGAGAUGCUGUUCCACUGGGCCCGGGGCCAGCAGCAUGGGUCUGCCGGGGGUUCUGGAGCUGUGCCUCAGUUGGUAGAGGCCAUGAUGAAGAGUGGAAGGACCGACCUGGCCGAAGAGAUUAACGACAUAGUGCGUCUGGGGACCAGGAAGUAUAAGGAGUCCCUGAGGAGAGUGGGACUGGAGGAGGAGGAGCUUCCAGCUGACCGCACAGCUCCACCUUAAGACUGAAACAACUGACACACCUUCUUCUGACAGAACCCACUGACCCGGCCCCUCCCUCUAGUUGGUAGGGAGGAGUCUGAACCAAAUGGGGGGGGCGGGGUCAGUUGAACAGGAGGCGGAGCCUGAACUUAGUGGAGCAACAAGCUCAGUGUGGAGCCUCAGGCAGGAACUUGAAAAACCACUGACAAACUCAGCUGCCAAGUCACAAGACACCGAGCAUCCGAGGCCGUAGCUCCAGUCCUGCCCGGCUGGAGAGAUGGGGGCCCAUUUGGGACUGGCAGCUGGUGAUCCCCACGGGUGACCUGGAUCUGCAUGUCGUCCGGGCCUGCCCUGAGAGGGCCGUGACACGCUCAGCAGCCACCAUCCUCUCAGCUCGCUGAUCAAUCGACGCCCAAAGUACUGGAGCGUGUAGAGAAAGGACAACUGAAUGUGUGGCUGGAAUAUUUAUCAUGCCAUCGAUAGGCUUUUUAGGUCUGCCUAUUCACCUUCAUGGACUUUGUGCAGCCAUCUUGACUGUAUAUGAAAUGUUGAAAUCACCUGAGCAGGCCUUUUUACUUGAAUGCCUGUUGUCGCUGAACUGAACUGUGAAGUGAUUUACUCCUUAUGGUAUGUCACAGUGGGGUGUUCUGUCUAAGAGAUUUAUAUCUCUUAUUUAGCUGUAUAAUAUGCAUUUUUACUGAAAAUAUUUUGUAUGGAAAUCAUG